AUGGAACCUAUUGAGAAUACCGAUCAAGAUGGAGCUGGUGAGGAACAUAUCGUACGCGCAGAUGAGGUCGACAAUAUCGGGAUAGACAUAUCCGCGGUCCCUGAUGAGCAACUGAUUGCGGAUGCCAUUUCAAGUAUAAAGCUUCCCGAAGAGAGCCAGCCGAAAGUUGAUGAAGCGGAUGGCUUCGACGGCGCAUCUCUCCCGCAGCGGCACUCACAGCCUUCAGCGCGCCCUGAAUUGCGACGCGAUCGUGUUGCACCUCCGCCACCGUUGCAACCACCACCACCUGCUCCUGUACAGCAGAGCUCGGAAAAUCAAACAGACUCAGUCAGUCUUGCUCAACUACGUAAAAUUGUUCAAGACCUGCCGAAAUCUGAUCUACCAUCUUACGCCUUCAAAUAUGACGACUGUCAGCCAUUCCCGGAGGAGAUUAAUGAAUGGUUCGGAGACAAUGAAUGUGACAAACUUAUGCUUCUGGGCUGUAAAACCACCUUCGAGCAGACUUGGUCGUCUUUCUGUCAGCCCUCAUCUGACAAUGCGGAACGUGAUACCUGUUGGGUAAAUGCUAGCGACCAGGCCAGGACAGCGUUUAUGGAGAAGAUGAUUGGGUUUUUUAGUAGUGCUGAUAUUUUUGCUCGAAUCGAAGCUUUGGAGAACAUCGCAUAUGCAUUGACGGGUAUCUGGGUUACGACUGCUGGAAGGGCGGCAGAGGAUUACCCUUCGGACAUCACUGAGAAGGACGCGGCAGAGACCCCCAAAGAACGAUCUAUGCAAAUUCAUUGGAUGGUUAAAAGUGUUUACAUCCUACAGCAGUCCCAAGGAAUACAGGCUUUGCUCGAUUAUCUACGGCGAUUUUUUGAUAAAGAUCAGGCGUUUACUCAAGAAGAUUUAAAGGUGUUUGCAAAUGAGAAUGGCACGACUGCCUACAUUGCGACUCGAGAUAGAGAGGUCAAUCUUCUACUCACUUGCCUUUAUACUGUUAUUGAGGUCGCGCGAAGAGAAGAAAAGCAGGACUCUCCUAACUUGAAGUUGAGGGAUGCUAUUGCUGCUUUGGCUCCAAAUCUCCCUGGCGCGCUCGUUGAGAUCGUUGCACGGCUGCGAUGGGAGGAUCCUUCUAUCUUCCCACUAACAAGAAUUCUUCUUCUAUUUUGGAAAUCCAUUCUCCUCUUAUUCGGUGGCAUUGAGCCAUUGAAAAGGGCAAAAACUAUCUUGGAACCCGCAUAUGAAGCAACCAGCCCAGGAGGCACCAAAACCUCAGACGUUCCCACACUCACCGCCUCACCACUGGAUUACCAUUUAUUUAGGCAAGAGAUCACAUCUAAAUAUCCAGCCUACAACCCUCCACCGCCGCUAGUUCCAUUCGAAUUGGAACACAACUCAGUUCUGCCACCCCUCCCAACGUCAUUGACUCGCAACUCUUCCUCUGUCUUGUUCUCUGGGGUUGGCUCUACCCUAGCAAGCAACAAUGAUUCCAUCCUCCACCAGUCCGUACACAUUGCCACUCCUGCUCCUUCCCCGCCGCCUUCCCCUGGCGGCCCAGGAAAAGUUGGGAAAAAGCAAAAUUACCAAACAAACCAGCAUUUUCCAUUCAUGUAUCCUCCUCUGGAUGGAUCGAGCAAUAAUAUUGGGGGGAAAGGCUCUAGUGAUCUUCAGGACAGCCUUGUUGGUAGGAAAUGGGAGGGUAGCGAUGUCCCUGCAUCAAUCAUUGAAGCCGGCGAACUAUUCUCUAGCCGAAUGAGGAUGACAAGAGCAUUAGAGCAACUCUGGGAAGAGCGAGAGGCAUUCAUGAAAUAUGACCGUGGAUGGGAUGAAAGGGCACCGAGUACUAGAUAUCGCGAUGAAACUGCUGCUAGCGACCCAGAGGCUCAAUCUCGAGCCGAUCAAUCGCCAAGAUCCCUCAAACAAACGGAUGAUGAUGAUGUCCAGCGACGUUUAGAUGCGGUUGAAUCUUUCUACGUUCACGCGCUUCCAAAUCUCCAAUCUUUCGUCAUCGUGGUGCUAAAGGAACUAUUAACGAACAUAACUGCCAUCGCGAGUAAAUCGAACAAUGGUGACAAUGGCGAUGGCCGGGCAGACUUUUUUCACUUCUGUCAUGUCCAUUCUGACCAGCCACCAGAGCCCAUUCCGCCACUAGAACCUACAGAGAUUGCCGAUGAUAGUAGCGAAGAUGAGGCAGCUCCACCUCCAAUACUUCGGCAGAGCCGCUCUAGGAUAUCAAUGCUUGAAGAGGCUUCCGCAAAAUCAGCCGCUGCCGAACAAGGCAAGGAGAAUGCUAGACUUCUCGAAGUUGACGAACUAGGAUUCCCGACGGCUCCCAUCGAGUCGGGGCCUAUCACUACUUACUCAUUCCGAAAUUUCUUCUCUGCCAUCAACUUUCUACACAUUAUGCAGAAGAUUACCCGUGACAAAGCCCACAGAUGCCUGCUGCUUGUGCAAUAUAAGUGUAGCGCUGUGCUACGAAAAGGUCUUAAGAUCCCUGACCCACACCUUCGUUUGUAUACUCUCAAGCUGUUCAAAUCGCAGGUCCCCUAUUGUGGGCGUAAAUGGCGGUUGAGUCAUAUGAGGGUGAUUACGGCAAUUUAUUUGUACUGUCGUCCUGAACUCCGCGAUGAUUGGCUUGCUGGCGGUGAUGUUGAUGCUGAAGUAGAAGAAUCUCUCCCUAUGGAGCAAGCUUUAAGAGGAUUAACCCACUGGUGGCACGUUCGGCAAUAUAAGGAUGUCCUAUCUGCCGAAAACGGGCAGCCAUUGGUAGAGGAAGAGCGUGAUUUCUUCACUCGAGAAUUGGAAAAAAUCGGCUGGGGAUGGUUUGGGGACGAGUUAAGUAAUGGCAUUGAUGAAGACGGAGAAUUUGCACCUCAUAUUGGAGGAGGGCCCGAUUUGGAGAAAGCCAUUCAAAUGGAGGCUUGGUGA